CAUAGUAAUGCAUAGCCCAUUCAUCCAAGUGUUAUUCUUGUUUCUGAUUAUUGAUCGAUUAGCUUUAGCGUUCGAUGUUCCGUGUGCACAAAAGCUUAUUGGAAGUGACUGCCUAUUUGAUGAAGAAUGCUAUGGAAUGAACUCAGUGUGCAGAAACUCCCGAUGUACCUGCCCCACAAACUUUGAAGAAUACGACAUCGAUGAACGAACGACAAUUUGCCGAUUAGCACCCGCCAAAAUCGGAGAUUCCUGUCAACGCGAUUGCAAGCCUCCCUUAUUGUGCAGAGAUGGUAAAUGCGAGUGCUGGGGUGGUAGUAUUGUUGACGGAAAAUGCGUUGUUCUGUGUCCAGUUGGUCAGCAGCUUUAUGGCGUCGAAUGCACUCGUGUUGCCCAUUAUCAGCAACCGUGUGAGAAAGACAGCCAAUGCGUCGACCCAUUUAACGCCUGCAUUGCUGGAACAUGUUUGUGUGCUCCUGGAACAACGAGAGAUACUGAACGGGGAUUCUGUCACGCUACAUGUCCCGAUGGGAUGCAUCCUCGUCAAACAUGCCGUCGGCUGUUCAUCAACGACAUUGAUAUGCUUGAGAACGCCGCCAACACCGAUAGCUGCCCAUUAGGCUAUCGAUGCGUCACGUAUGGCAGCCCAUAUGUGGGUCAUUGUUGUCGGCUACGGUGUCCAUAUGGAGAGCCGGAUUUGAGUCAGUCGUGUGACGCGGGAGCAUCUCCAGACUCAAAAUGCAGACCACUCACUCACUUCUGCUUCACUGUCAGUGAGCCAGGAUGGAAAUCGUCGCUGUGUUGUCCCAGACCAUGUCGUGAUCCGACACCCCUCUAUGUGAACGGACAGUGCCUUUCAAUUGCUCAUAGAGGUGAUCCUUGUCAAAUUGAUCAGCAGUGCGAGGGAGGAAUCACAAUGUCCUGCACGCUAGGCUCUUGUCAAUGCAAACUUGGAUAUCACGAGAAUAACGACGAGAGAUUCUUAACGUGCACCAAAGACUGUACCCUCGAAGAAGUCGCUAGUAACGAUAGAUGCCUGGCAAAAGUACAACUCGGUGCCCGCUGCUAUUCGAACAAGCAGUGCAUUCAAUCAGCAGAAUGUCGCUUUGGAACCUGUCAAUGUAGAUGCGGGUACAAACAAGUCAAAGAUCAACUACUAGGAGUCCGUUGCACAAAUCCAGAUGAUCCGCUCAGUAUUGGCUCAAUUUUGGACCGCGUCGGAGACAUCUUCGGAAACAAACAAGGCAAAUAAUCUGUGUUCCGUAACAGCUACUCACUUCAUCUCUCCUCCGGGUUGAAUUUUCUUUAUUUGUAUUUUUUACAUUAGAUAAACUUGAUCAAUUUG